GGGGUAAAUUACUUUCAAAAUCUGAUUUCGGUCAAAACAAAAGAAAUUUUUGCGGCACAAAAUCGUGAAUAAUUAAUUAAAUCAAGUGAACAUUGUGAAUUAAAUUGUGUGAAGUGAUAAAAUCAAGUAAAGCGCAUCAAAAUGAUUAUGACAAUUACAUCUGCUGCUGGGAUCAUUUCCCUACUCGAUGAACCAAUGCCUGAACUGAAGGUGUUUGCAUUGAAGAAAUUGGAUAGCAUUGUUGAUGAGUUCUGGCCUGAAAUAUCGGAAGCUGUCGAGAAGAUUGAGAUUCUUCAUGAAGACAAGGAAUUCGAUCAGCACAAGUUGGCUGCUUUAGUCGCAUCUAAAGUUUACUAUCAUUUGGGAGCAUUUGAAGACAGUUUGACUUAUGCAUUAGGUGCCGGAGAGCUAUUUGAUGUUAAUGCACGCAAUGAGUAUGUAGACACAAUCGUUGCCAAAUGUAUUGACUUCUAUACUCAACAAUGUGUUGCUAAAUUCGAGGAUGAUAAGGAUGCAAAGCCAAUUGAUCCACGUUUGGAAGCUAUUGUUAAUCGUAUGCUUUCAAGAUGCUUAGAAGAUGGACAACAUCGUCAGGCACUUGGAAUUGCUCUCGAAACUCGUCGUAUGGAUAUUUUCAAAGAAUCCAUUAUGAAGUCGGAGGAUGUUGGUGGAAUGCUUGCUUAUGCUUUCCAAGUUACAAUGAGCUUGAUUCAAAAUCGUGGAUUCCGCAAUACUGUUUUGCAUUGCUUAGUUGAGCUCUAUAGCAGCUUAGGUGUUCCUGACUAUGUCAAUAUGGUCCAAUGCUUAAUUUUCUUGGAAGAUCCAAUGCAAGUUGCCAAACUUUUGGACACACUUACUAAAGGUGGCGAAAGCUUAGUCUUAAUGGCAUAUCAAAUUGCUUUCGAUUUGUACGAGUCAGCAUGUCAAGAGUUUUUGGGCAAAGUUUUGCAAGCAUUGAAGUCAACAGCACCAAUACCAUCUGCUCUCGUAUCCAAUUUAAAACCACAGGGAAUAAAGGAAGCAUCGAAAGAUGAAAAAUUAUCGAAAACUGACUCAGAUGUGGAAAUGACGAGUGAACGUUCCAUUGAAAGCUUAAACGAUAGUGAAAAAGUACAUCAAAAGAAUAUUGAAAAGCUGGCAAGCAUCUUAUCCGGAGAAGUUUCAAUUGAUCUACAGCUACAAUUUCUCAUUCGUAGCAAUCAUGCUGAUUUGCAAAUUUUGCGAGCAACAAAGGAGUCGGUGCGGGUUUCGAUUUGUCAUACAGCUACCGUUAUUGCAAAUGCUUUCAUGCACAGCGGAACGACAAGUGAUCAAUUUUUGCGAGAUAAUCUUGAAUGGCUAGCACGAGCUACAAAUUGGGCAAAAUUAACGGCAACAGCAAGCUUGGGCGUUAUUCAUCGUGGACAUGAGAACGAGUCAUUGGCAUUAAUGCAAAGUUACUUGCCAAAAGAAUCAGGACAUAGUGGAUAUUCAGAAGGCGGUGGAUUAUAUGCUCUCGGUUUGAUUCAUGCAAAUCAUGGUGCAAAUAUUAUCGAUUAUUUGCUACAACAGCUGAAAGAUGCUCAAAAUGAAAAUGUUCGUCACGGUGGAUGUUUAGGAUUGGGUCUUGCUGCGAUGGGUACGCACCGUCAAGACGUUUACGAGCAAUUGAAAUUUAAUCUAUAUCAAGACGAUGCUGUUACCGGAGAAGGUGCUGGCAUAGCUAUGGGAAUGGUUAUGUUGGGAUCGAAGAAUGCAACAGCAAUUGAAGAUAUGGUUUCGUAUGCACAAGAAACAGGUCAUGAGAAAAUUUUACGUGGUUUAGCUGUCGGCAUCUCAUUAACUAUGUUUAAUCGAUUGGAGGAGAGCGAUGCACUUGUCACGAGCUUAUCUAACGAUAAAGAUCCGGUUUUGAGACGAAGCGGAAUGUAUACGAUUGCAAUGGCAUAUUGUGGUACUGGAAAUAAUCAAGCAAUCAGAAAAUUGCUUCAUGUUGCUGUUUCGGACGUAAACGAUGAUGUUCGUAGAGCUGCGGUAACUGGAAUUGGAUUCUUAUUGUUUCGCAACCCGGAGCAAUGUCCAUCAGUUGUAUCUCUCCUUGCCGAAUCUUAUAAUCCACACGUACGUUAUGGCGCAGCUAUGGCAUUAGGUAUUGCAUGCGCUGGAACUGGCUCACGUGAAGCAAUUGCUUUGUUGGAACCGUUGGCUAAAUUCGAUCCUGUCAAUUUUGUUCGUCAGGGUGCUUUGAUUGCUUCAGCCAUGAUUCUUAUCCAGCACACCGAUCAGACAUGUCCAAAAGUCACUUUCUUCCGACAAUUAUAUUCGCAAGUCAUUAGCAGCAAGCAUGAAGAUACGAUUGCUAAAUUUGGUGCCAUUUUGGCUCAAGGAAUUAUUGAUGGUGGCGGACGUAAUGCAACAUUGGGCUUACAAUCUCGUACUGGACAUACAAAUUUACAAGCUGUUGUCGGUACAUUGGUCUUUACUCAAUAUUGGUAUUGGUUCCCAUUAGCUCAUUGCUUGUCACUUGCAUUUACACCAACAUGCAUCAUUGGACUUAAUUCUGACCUUAAAAUGCCGAAAAUUGAAUACAAGUCAUCGGCACGUCCAUCAUUGUAUGCAUAUCCAGCACCAUUAGAAGAGAAGAAACGCGAGGAACGUGAAAAGGUCACAACAGCUGUUUUGUCGAUUGCCGCACGUCAAAAGCGUCGCGAAGGUGACAAAAAGAAAGAUGAUGGCGAAAAAAUGGACGUCGAUGAAACAACAAAGGAUGAAAAGCCAGCAGCAGUAGUAACAACAACAACAACAACUACAACUACAGUAGUUACAACUGAUAAGAAAGACAAGAAAGCUAAGGAUGAAAAGGAAAAGACUGAUGAAGCUUCAACAGCAGCUCCAGCAACUCCAAAAGAACGUAAGGAACCGGAACCAACAUUUGAAAUGUUGAGCAAUCCACCACGUGUCUUACGUCAACAAUUGAAGGUCAUAAGUGUUGCUGAUGGAGCUCCUUAUCAACCAAUUAAGGAUGUCACAAUUGGAGGAAUUAUCAUGAUGAAAUAUACAUCUGAGAAUGAACAAGUCUUGGUUGAACCAGUUGUCGCUUGCGGACCAAAGACUAAUGAUGAUGCAAAGGAACCAGACGCACCAGAACCAUUUGAAUAUAUUGAAGAUUAAAUUGAACUUACACGUGUCAUAUCCACUUUGGAAUGACUUAAUUAGACAUUUACAUCCGAUAUCCUUUAAAAACUGCACUUUUAACUUCCCAAUAAUUUAGUUGUCAUAAAAAUACAGAAAAAAAUUAAAAUUGUGAAUCCAACCAGAAAAUAAGCACAGAAUAAAUGAAAUAUUCAUAAACUUUCAUCAACCACCUUCUCCUGGGA